GAGGGCCACAGUUUGGAGACCACAAGUUUACAUCAUGGACUCACUUCCUCCCACAUAUUGUUCUCUCCAUCCCGAACUUUGCGUAAUUCUAGAAUUACAACAGCCAGAAUUAGAGAUGUGAAAUGUUUAUCCCAUUCAGGGUAGAUGGAAAGCUGGAUAUCACCCCCAACAGGCACUGUAAUGGCGAUAUUCAUCCUGGUAUAGGUGAAUCUGGAGCAGCGCAGAUGUCCCCGCGGUGCAGACGAGACGUAACGGGCGCUAUGUACGGUACAUGUCACCCUCCCCGGGGAUGCAGCUUGUGAUCCUUCAGAGUACCAGGCGGGUUCGGGGUGUAUAAGACAAGACAUAGGAAUGAAUAACUCGGAGGUGUUUGAUGGCGGGCCCUACAUGGUGCGGGGCCACAAGCAGCGCUGCAUGUCUGCUGUGGAGCAACGUGUCCCAAGCGACCUGGAUCUGCAAGAACUCCAGGAGGAGCAGGACCGGUUCCUGGGGGUCCCAAUGAGGAGAUACGGGCCGGCAAGGUGCUCCGUCCAUGUCCACGACUCCUUCCGAAGGCACAGCUGGGAGCCGGCCAAGAGGCUGCAGGAGGAGGCCGGCUAUGACAGCCUCAGCUUGAAUGCGGAGGAGAUGGAGGAGAACAUGGGCUACAACCGAGACCCCCGGCGGACCCCCAUCAUCCGCAGUACUGAUGAGCUGGAGUCUUUGCUGUCACUACGAGGGGAAGAUGUGGAGGUGACGCAAGAGGAACACGCCAAGAGACUGCAGGAAUACCUGUCCCAGGCCUAUCUCUACAACCCGCUCUCUAAGUCCGUGUCCAUGACUGGAAUUGAUGAUGUGGUCCUGUACUCGCACAGAAGUCACCUGGGGAACGGGUUGAGCGCUGUCAGCUGUGGGGAGUUUGAUAUCCUGGAAACUGAUGAGAAGGAGAACAGGAAUAAGGAGGAAUCUCGCUUUGAGAGGACCCUGAGUUUUAUCAGGAAGAUUUCAGGAGGGAAAAAUAAGAAUAAAGAAAAAGAGAAAAUGAAGGAAAGAGAAAAGGACGCCAAGGAAAAGGACACCCGCUACACUAAUGGCCACCUCUUCACCACCAUCACAGUGUCUGGGACCACAAUGUGUUUUGUCUGUAGCAAAAGCAUCACAGCAAAGGAGGCUCUUAUAUGUCCUACAUGCAGCGUUACGAUACACAACCGCUGUAAAGAUGCCCUUCCCAGCUGCACAAAGGUUAAGCAGAAGCAACAGAAAGCGGCCUUCUUGAAGAACAACUCUGCUUUGCAGAACGUGUCUCUAAGGAAUAAAUCUAGUACAUUAAGGGAGAGACCAAACUCUGCCAUCUAUCCAUCUGAAAGCCUCCGUCACUCUCUGCUCGGUUCACGCCGGGGACGGACAUCUUUAUCUCUCUCCAAAAGCGUCUCCACGACCAAUAUUGCAGGGAAUUUGAACGACGAGAGUCCCCUGGGAAUACGGAGGAUUCUAUCUCAGUCCACGGAUUCUCUGAACAUGAGGAACAGGACCCUGUCUGUGGAGUCUCUGAUCGAUGAAGGAGGAGCCGAUAUCAUCUGUAGUCAGCUGAUGAGCGAUUUCGCAACGGACGAGAAGGAGUUUGAGGCGGAUUCAUGGAGCUUGGCGGUCGACAAUAAUUAUCUACAGCAGCACAAAAAGGAUGUGAUGAAACGGCAGGAUGUUAUAUAUGAGCUUAUUCAGACCGAAGUCCACCACGUUCGCACGUUAAAGAUUAUGACCAACCUGUUCCGUAAAGGAAUGAUUGAAGACCUACAGAUGGAUCCUGCCCUGGUCCAGAAGAUGUUCCCAUGUGUGGAUGAGCUCAGUGACAUCCAUAUCCGCUUCCUCAUCCAGCUUCUUGAGAGGCGCAAGGAUUCCUUGGCAUCUGACAGCAACAAAAACUUUGUCAUCAAUAAGCUGGGUGACAUCCUCAUAAACCAGUUUUCAGGAACCAAUGCAGAACAUAUGAAAAAAGCCUACACUGAAUUCUGCAGCCAGCACCAGAAGGCUGUGAAACUCUAUAAGGAAUUGUUCUCCCGAGAUAAGAAAUUCCAGCAGCUGAUAAGGAAAUUGACUCGUUCUCAGCUGCUUCGGAGGCAUGGAGUACCUGAGUGUAUUCUUCUAGUCACACAGAGGAUUACAAAAUACCCAGUUCUCAUCGAUCGCAUACUGCACAAUUCUAAAGGUGAUGAGGAAGAGUAUCAAGACCUGGCUACCUCCCUGACACUGGUUAAGGAACUUCUUUCCACCAUUGACCAGGACGUCUACAAUUAUGAGAAGAACCUGCGUCUGCAAGAGAUCUACCAAAAAGUGGACAGUAAAUCCACAGCUAUGGUCCAGGGAGAUUUUUGCUUCAGUAAGGAGGAGCUGCUGAGGAGGAAGUUAGUCCACGAGGGUUCGCUGCUUUGGAAGACUGUUGCAGGACGUUUCAAAGAUGUUAUCUUGCUGCUAAUGACUGAUGUCCUCGUCCUGCUCCAAGAGAAGGACCAAAAAUACUACUUUCCAACCCUGGACAAAUCACCUGUCAUCUCCUUACAAAAUCUCAUUGUACGAGACAUUGCCAACCAAGAAAAAGGAAUGUUCUUGAUCAGCGCCAAGCCUCCAGAGAUGUAUGAGGUUCAUGCUGCUUCACGAGAAGAUCGCAACACAUGGAUGAAACUUAUUGCACAAUCUGUAAAAGUAUGUCCCAAACGUGAAGAUUUCCCAUUGAUUGAGACUGAAGUAGAGGCCAAACUGAGAAAGCUGAAAGAGGUCAUACAGCAGAGGGACAGAGAAGUAGCAGACAUUCUUGAAGAAAAAGUGACUCUCUUCACUAAAGUGCUUCAGCUGCAGGCCGGAGAAGACAUCCCUGUGGGUGGUAAUACCCGUAAACUCUUCAGGACUGAAUCAACAGACAGCUAUAGAGGAGAGAAAAUUAUCACCGAAGCCAUUAAGGAAGUGGAAGCACUCAAGGAUGUGAUACUUUCCAUUGGAAUAGAGCAGAACUCAACUAAAAUAGUCCAAAACCACGUAUCUACCACCUCCAAUACUGAGAGCAGCAGUGUGAACGGAUCCCUGGAUUCUAAUAAAGAUGAAGAUAUAAAUCAAAAGGAUCGUAAUGGGAAUCAGCUGCAGAAUAAAAGCCCACAGGAGGAGGCGUUGCAGAGGAUUUCCAGCCUAUACAAUUUGUUGCACGGCCUACAGGUUGUGGUCACACAGCAGGACAGUCUGUUGAGUAUCCAGAUCCCGGACAGCUGUGAUAAGAAGGAAGGUCUGUCCCGUACAAAUUCCCGGGAUCUAACCAUAGCAGAGCCCUUGUCCAAGAACAUUGAUAAGCCUGGGACGGAGCUGACCCUGCUCCAGCGGCAACACACCCUCCUACAGGAAGAGCUGCGGCGUAGCAGGAGGCAGUGUGAAGAGCGAGCUCAGGAGGCAGGGACUCUGGAGACCAGACUAAGGGAAAGCGAGCAGAUCAAGAGCAGACUGGAGAGAGAGCUGGAAGAAGCGAAGAGACAACUGGCCCUGGUGCAGAGAGAAAAGACUAAUAGUGGGAUAGAGAUUGUCAGGGUUCCCAGAGCAAUUGACCCCAGGAGACGUAGCCUGCCCGCUGGAGAUGCUCUCUACCAAACAUUCACACCUCCCCAGUCAAACCAUGACCGACGUUCUACCACGGUGGACGGGCCACUCCCCAUAAUCACAUUUCAAGAUGAUCCAGACCUAAAAGACGAUUUAAGUGACCUGACCGAACUAGAAAGACUGCCGGAGACUGCAGACACAGAGUCCUCGGAAGAAGAGGGUGGUGGUCCGCCAACUUCACCGUCAGGUGCGCGAGACUUUCUGAGAAUGCAGGACAUUCCAGAGGAGGCAGAGAGCGUUCACGACCUUAGAGAUGCAGAGAUAGACUCUUCAGAGAGCUGAGGAACCUGGACUUUGUGACAUGAUGGCUCCCAUUGUGGAUGCAAGAUGGACGAACCACUCCAAUCAGGGGAGCGGUGAAAAAAGUGACUGAUACUGUUAGCGGAGAAAGAUACGGCUCGAUUCCCUCCCAAAAUAAGAUUUUAUAAAAACUUAUAAAUACACUUUUAAAAAUGUUACCUAGUGUUGGACCAAUGUAAGGGUCCUGACAGGGCUGGGCACAACUGUUGCAGAUCAACAUAGAUGUGGGGGAAAUGUCAGAUGUGUCAUGUAAGACCUACAUGAACCCCUGGUGACCAGAGUAGGUUAACUAAACCUAUAUUUUAUCAAAAAGUAACAAAACAAAAAAUAAAAAAACUGAUUAUUCUGUGCUACCAAGUAAACCUGCAGAGAGAGUCACAAGCUUCUUUUACAUUAGAGUGUCAAGUAAGGACCGCAUUUGCCAAAUGCCCCCACAAGGAUCCAAACUGGAGGCCAGAGACAGUGGCGCUUUUUGGCCUGACACCAAAGGAUUCUUCAAUGUCAAAAAUAUUACUAUUGGCUACAGACUAAAAGUUAGCCAAGUUCGAUUUGAUCUUUGAAUUAGCAAAAGUCCUUACAACCCAACUCCAUGUCUCCUUCCCCCACAUUCAAAAGUGACUGGGCCCCACAGCUUCCUAUAAGAUGGGUAUUUUGUCGCUUCCUUCGAUCUGUCUAUUUGGACAGUGUUUAUUUAUUUAUUAUUUUAAUGCAUCCACAUUUUUUUAAGUUAUUGUUUUAUAUAUCCAAACAGGUCUGAGAAGCAAAAAUUACCCACCCACCUUUUUUUUUCAAUUGGCAAGCCGAACUAUUCUCCAAGGGAUGUCUUCGCCUAUUGGGAGAGGAAUUUUUUUUAUGACUGUUAAACCACUUUUAGGGAAGAAAGCCAAACAAGCCACGUCUUUAACUGUCCUUAAAAGGGGACUCCCACCCUAGACA